AGCCUCAAUGAAAUGAAGGCGGUUGUUUGGCAGCAGCUGCCGCUCUCAAUGUGCGGGCUCUGAGAACAUGAAGGUGCAGGAGUGAAGGGCGAGCCCGGGGCCACGGCCGCGGUGGAUGCGGCUGACUCGGCGGCGGCGCUUGGUGUGAGCGGGCCGGCCCAGCCCAGCCCUGCCCAGGCGCGGCUUCCUUUCUCUUUACCAUGACAGCGUUAGCCGCCGCCUCCUUCUUCUCCAACAUUUGCAAUUUCGGCGGAUGCGGCCUCACCUUUAACACCCUGGCUGAACUUAUCGAGCACAUCGAGGACACUCACAUAGAAAAUGAUCCGAAGGUUUUGGAACGGCAGGAACAGCAGCAACCAUCAUAUAUCGCACUAAGUUAUAUCAAUAGAUUUCUAACUGAUGCUGCACGCCGUGAGCGUGAGCAGAUGAGAAAAAGACAUCAGGCCAAGUUAACACCAGCCCUUUCCAGUCCUGUGGGAAGGGGCGGCACACCUGCAUCACCUCACCCUGGUAACGGAAGCUCUGCUUUUCCAGGGACACCACCAGUUACACCAUCCUCUUCAGCCUGCAGUGGAACACCAACAGGCAGUGAAUUAGAUGAAGAAGAAAUUGAAUGUGAAGAUUCUGACAGUGAUGAAUCAUGGACAACAGAAAGUGCUAUCAGCUCUGAGACUAUUCUAAGUUCAAUGUGCUUGAAUGGGGAUGAUGAGAAGCCAUUUGCUUGCCCUGUGCCUGGCUGUAAAAAGAGGUACAAGAAUGUUAAUGGAAUCAAGUAUCAUGCCAAGAAUGGCCAUCGUACUCAAAGCCGUGUCCGGAAGCCUUUCAAGUGUCGCUGUGGGAAAAGCUACAAAACUGCUCAUGGGCUUCGUCACCACACUAUUACCUUUCAUCCACCAGUGUCAGUUGAUAUACUUAGAAAGAUGCAAUUGUGAGACAUUAUACCUGACUGACCUUCAAAGUGCAGGCUAGGUGUUCUAACAGGAGUGAGUAGGAAUUUUUUUUUCCUCAAGAUUUACUGAUACAAGUCUUGGGGAGGAAAAAAAUUCCUUAAUAUUUGUUUUCAAGUGAA